UUGAAAAUUCUGUUACUGUUAACUGAUCAUGUAUUUGUAAAAAAUCGAUGAAUUCAUAUUUCGCGCGUAGAGAUAAACAAAUGAUGUUAUUAGACACGCGACGAUAACAAUAUCUCUAUAUUGCAAGAAUUAAAGUCAAAACAUGGGGGCUUAUAAACUGCUGGUAAAAGGAGCCAAGCAGAUUGUCACCAUCCGCAAUGACAGCGACAUACGGGUUCUUCGAGGGAAGGAAAUGCAACAUGUGGAUAUCAUAGAAGCGGAAGACGGAGAUGGAACUUGUAUUUUGGUGGACAGCUAUGGUAAAAUAGAAUUUGUUGGCUUGGACUCGGAGCGAGUAGCUCGGUAUCCUAGUAGUGACGAUGACGUAGACCGAGUGAUCGAGGCCGAUGGGAAAUGCAUUGUUCCCGGACUUGUUGACGCCCACACACACCCAGUAUGGGCCGGGGACCGCGUUCACGAGUUUGCUAUGAAGUUAGCUGGUGCGUCCUAUAUGGAAGUCCAUGAAGCCGGUGGUGGUAUUCACUUCACUGUAGAACAUACACGAAAAGCUUCUCAAGAUGAAUUGUAUGUCAGUCUCAACAAACGUUUGUACGACAUGAUGUCCACGGGAACCACGUGCAUAGAGUGUAAGAGUGGAUACGGACUCGACACAGAAUCCGAAGUGAAAAUGCUGAAGGUCAUUGAAACUGCAAAACGGGAACAUCCGCUUACGAUAUCGUCAACAUUUUGUGGCGCACACGCCAUUCCAAAAGGAUCGACACCUGUAAAAGCCACAGAAGAUGUAAUAGAUAAGCAACUUCCGACAAUUACAGGCCUAAUGAAAGAUGGACAACUUCACGUAGAUAACAUAGACGUGUUUUGUGAGAAGGGCGUGUUCGAUCUACAACAGUCACGUGCGAUUUUGAUGGCAGGGAAGGCGGCUGGGAUGAAUAUCAAUUUCCACGGUGAUGAGUUACAUCCUCUGAAUGGAGCCAAGAUGGGUGCAGAGUUAGGGGCUCUUGCCAUCAGCCAUUUGGAGGAGAUUUCAGAUGAGGGGAUAACCGCCAUGGCUACGUCUGGCUCGGUGGGCGUGGUCCUCCCUACCACGGCCUAUAUUCUUAGACUGAAACCCCCACCAGUUAGGAAAAUGAUCGAGGCAGGGAUGGCAGUGGCACUGGGCUCUGAUUUCAACCCCAACGCUUACUGCUUCGCCAUGCCGACAGUGAUGCAUUUGGCCUGCGUGCUGCUGAGGAUGUCAAUGCCGGAAUCUCUCGUUGCCGCCACCCUUAAUGCUGCAGCCGCCCUUGAUUUAUCUAAGGAUUACGGAACGUUGUCACGCGGGAAAUACGCCGAUAUGGUUAUAUUUGACGCACCAAGAUGGGAGCAUUUGAUCUAUCAAUUUGGAUGUCACGACAAAAUCAUCGAAUACGUCAUCAAAAAGGGAGACGUUGCCCAUACAAAAUUUGAGUGGUGUGGCUAAUUUAAAUACAUUUACUAUUUUUUUUUUAAUCAUGAAUGGCGUAUGGAAUUUUGCAUAUAGCAUACACAAUUUGAUUUAUAUGAAUUAUAAAGUUUGAUUAAAGUAAAAUAUAUAUAUAUAU